CAGAGGUCACAUUCAAAUAUUGGACAAGGCGAGAUGUGCCUAUUUACCUAGAAAACACUUGUUGAGCAACCGAGUGGUGUGCCUACUUCUAGAAUCAGCUGCUAUUGGCAUUCUCAGUAAAUUCUUUCAAGACAUUUUGUGGACUCUGAUCUCGAACAAUCGUAAAUACGCAUAGAUAGACGCUGCGGUCUCUACACAAAACGUUUAAUCUCGAACCGAUCCUCUUUCAUAAACUGCUAUAGCCUGAAACUUGAAAAGAAAUUUCUACGGCCCACUGUUUUCAGAUAAUAACUAUUUAGUGCCUUUGAUUUAUUCCAAAAUAAUCUGUGAGCCAAAUUACCUUAUAAUACCAUUUGGCAUGCGCAUUUUUGUCAGUUAGGUUCUUUGAUGGUUUUCCUGAAGAAAUAUUGCUGUCUUUGUUUCGAGCUUGUGCUAAUAAACAGCUGACGCCACUGCCAAUUUGCAAUAGUGACAGAUACCUACUUUGAUGCGUCUAACAUAUCCUAUCUAAUAGCAUACAUUAUAGAAUUUCGAUGACCUUAGCAUCAAACUGGAAAUGAAGAUUGUCUAUGUUGUUAGAACUAAUAAGAGAGUUAGAUCCCAGACCGGACAACAUUUGGCAGGCAAGCAGGUCGGGUGCGGUGUGGUCCUCUCUAAAAAUAUCGAGGAGGGAGCAAAUUUUGUUUUACCUGCUACGACAACGGUUUAGAAAUAGGAUUACGUAAUAAGAGAGGCUUAUGGCCUUGAGACGCACUGCAAUUUCGGUCAGGCCUUCGCAGAAAUCGCAGAAUAGCCCGCUGCUGUGCCGUCCGCCCGCCUAGCCUGCAGUCUAGUUCGUUUCCUGGUCUAGUCGACGGUCGCGCUAGACUCUAAAAACUUAGAAUUAAACGGCGACGGUUUCCAUUAUAUUUUUUGGUUAGUUUUAAAGUUUUAGGAAUUGAACUGUUUUGAGUUGCUUCAUCAUUAUUCGGUACUUAUUAUUGGGAAAAUAAACAUCGAAUGUGAAUUUUUUUUUUCAACCCAGGGAAUCCACGUGAACAGAAUGUUCGCUUUCCAAUGAAUCAAGGACACGGACGAACUGAAGUAAACAGUAUUAAUUCAAAAUUGAUUGAGCGUCUAGCAUCUGACGUUCCAGUGGCUGAUAUGACUGAUAACAAACAAUUUUUUUAGCAUUGGACGGUUUUUAUUUAGCUAGUAGUUUGUGUAGUCGGCGCUCGCCUGGCGAUGGGGAGUGAGCACUACUGCCUGCGCUGGAACAACCACCAGGCCAACCUGCUGGGCGUGUGCGCGCAGCUAUUGCGCGACGAGCGCCUCGUGGACGUAACGCUGGCGUGCGCGGACGAGGGACGUUGCAUUCGCGCCCAUAAGGUUGUGUUAUCUGCCUGUUCAGCCUACUUCCGGGCGCUGUUCGUCGACCAUCCGGCACGCCAUCCUAUCGUCAUUCUCAAAGACGUGCGCUUCAACGAUCUAAGCACCAUCGUUGAGUUCAUGUACAAGGGUGAGGUGCGUGUGGAAUACGCACAGCUCAGUAGGCUGCUGCAGACUGCAGAAAGUCUAAAAGUGAAAGGUCUCGCAGAAAUGACACGUGAAUACAAACCUGAUCCGCCUGAACAGACGGAACCAGAAGAGUUGGUUAACCGUCGUCCACCUUCAUUAGGUACCAAUGACCCCACUCCGCCCUGUAAUUCACCAUUAGCUCCUGCGCCAACUUCGAGGCAGUCACCCGAACCCAUACCCAUCAGGCCAGUUUCACAAAAUGGCUCACCUGAACCACCUCCACCUACUAUCAACAGCUUCGGACCGCCACCGAUUCCUGCAGCAUGUCGCCCAACAUCACCACUUAAUUGCGAUCCUGCAUUGCCGGGUCCUUCAAAUUUGCCACCGAUACAACAAGUGCCCUUGAGUUUAAAAAAGGAAGUGGACUGGGGAGCGAAAAAAGACGCCGACUGGCCUGGGAAAAAAGAAGUGGACUGGGGUGGAGGAGUCGAUGAUAAAAAUUCAGGAGGUGAAAGUUCGUCCGAGUAUUCAAGAAUGCCACAUGAUUCGCCUCUAAUGGACGUUGAACAACGUAGCGGUUCCUCCUUAGAACGUCCCCCAUCAUCAGCAUCCUCUUCGAGAGCCUCCACUCCUGGCGCACCACUGCUUCAUUUUCCUCUAGCAGGACUAUUAGAGGCUGGUCUAGUACCUCCACUGGAUGGACUUGGUGCUGCUGCAUUCCGUUGUGGCGCUUGUCUAGCUGGAUUCCCCUCCCCGUGGCUUUUGGAACAACAUGCUGCGCUACAGCAUUUGCCAGGAGCUUCAGGCCCUGACAAACCGUUCGUAUGCGACCAGUGUGGUCAGUCUUAUCGUUACCGCUCAGCUUACGUGAAACAUCGUGAGCAAAACCAUAGGGCUCGACUUCCUGCAGACAAAUUGUUCUCCUGUGACGUUUGCGGUAUGCAGUUCAGAUAUUUGAAGUCCUUCAAGAAGCAUCGUUUGAAUCAUACUUUGGAGCGACUCCAUGGAAGUCGGCGUAUUUCUUCAGGAGAUCCGGCAGCAUCGGUGAAUGCUUUAACUUCAGUCGAUCAGGGCAGCGAUCAGGUUUCUAGUAGUAACGAAGCUUUGAUGGACAGAGACGAAGAUGCGUCUGCUGUUAAAGUUAAGGCUGAACCAGUGGAAAAUGAGGAUACUCCAGGUUGUGAAGGUGGUUCAACAUCGGACACAGAAAAACCUGACGUAGAACAAGAUGACACAAUUGACUCUCGAGUUAGUAACAGCUUAGCAACUCCUGCAAGUGAUGUUUCACGUGCAGAUCCUAGCGACGCGUCAGCCCUUGCAACCCUGCUUCGAGCUGAAACUAAUGAGAGCGCCGAUCGCCAGAGGGAGCGACGAUUUGCUUGUCCGUUUUGUGGAAAAUGUGUGCGUUCAAAGGAAAACCUCAAACUUCACGUCCGGAAGCAUACGGGAGAACGUCCAUUCGUUUGCUUAUUUUGCGGUCGAGCUUUUGGUGGUAAAAGUGACCUUACGAGGCAUCUACGUAUUCACACCGGAGAACGUCCGUAUCACUGCGAUAUGUGCGGCAAAUGUUUCGCACGUGCCGAUUACCUGUCGAAACAUCUGACAACGCACAUUAAUACGCCACGUUAAGGCGAAUUCCGUUUCCAUCCUUUUCAAUAUAAUCGUUUAAGUGUUUAGCUCCGAGCCACUGGCAUACUUUCCAUUUUUUUUUUCUAUAGCUCCAGUAUUUGAUAGCGUCUGUCAGAUAGAAUCUGUGUAGGAGCUGGCUUAUCAUUUUCGCAACUGACUGUUUAUUCCAGUUUCAUUUUGGAAUCAACCCACUCGGCAAAAAAUAUCGCAAGUUAAUAGAAAAUAAUAGAAUUUUUGUUUUUCUGUUAUUGGUAGUCUCAACAAAAGGAAACAGUCUAUACUAAAACGCGGUCAGGUAAACUUUUGGUCUAGUUUCUUUUGCAAGACAAUAUUCCAUUUUGUUAGUAAAAACAACCCGUCAACACGACAAAUCGUAUACUGGGAACAUGUGACCUACGUGAAACAGAAGGUUUGUUGUUGUACAAAUCAAUAGAAAAUUUCUCCUACUCCGACGAAUAGAUUGUGAUUCAGAUGUUAACCUGUUAGAUGAAAAUGUUUGCUUGAGAACAAAAGUUUCCUAGAUUCCUUCAAAAUAACAUUACCGAAUGUCAUGAACUGUUUGCUUAAUGGGAAGAAUAGGUAUAGACUAUUAAUAUUGCGUUGAAAGUUAUUAAAGUGUUGUUAAUUUAGUUGGAUGUUCAGAAAUUCGAUUUUCUAUUGAUAAGCCAGCUCUGAAAUAGACACGAGUAGAUUCAUCAAACAGAUUUCAAGAUUUUAUAGAAUAAAUGGGAAAUUAGAUAUUUUUUCUAGGCACAAUUUUUUUUUUGAAACAAUCUAUUUUGUUAAGAUCAGUAUUUUAAAGCAGGUAACUGAUAAAUUAUUUUGAAUUUGGUACCGCCCAAUAGUUUUAGAUUUUAAUCUUGAAAUCUGUUUUAGUGUAAUCCGAUCUCAGCAUUUUGAGGCAUGCAACUUACAGUCGUCCAGUCAAACUGUUUUUUCCAAGUAUAAAGUACCGUCCUCAAGUACCAGCCUACCAAACUGUAUUUUAAAAAGUAAAACCGCAUCCAGUUCAUUGUUUAUUUGGCUGUGAAUAAACUUUAGGUUUUUGUGAUAUACCAUAACAGAUUUUUUAUUUACUUUUUUAAACGUUGAUGAUGAACAAUAGAAUAGUGAGUUACCAGAACUUAAGCAAUAUUAAAGUGGCAUUGACACAGUUCCUCUAGUCAAUGAUUUUGUUUUUGAAUUAGAAAUUUCGUCCGGUUAUUUAAUAAUAAUUCGUAUUGAUGGUUGAUGUUUAUACAUAAUAUUUAAAUUUUAUUUAGAAACAUACUCUGGUAAUUGGUUGAAAAUUGGCUUUUUUCUGAUUUGAAUUUUGCUGUUUUUUGGAAUUUUAUUGUAUUUAUUUUGUUUCUCAAUCAAUAUUAUCACUUUUUCCGAAAACAUCAAUUAUCAAUAUAUUUUUUAAUAUAAUAUACAAAACAGCGAGUCGAUUUCACGUAUAGACGAUUUAUACAUCGAAAAUAAAAGAUAUUAGGAAAAUAAAAAUAUAUUCAUACAUAGCUAUUUAUUAAUUAAUGAUAAUUCAUAAUGUUAUUAAUUAUUAUUAUGCCCUGUGCCAAAUCGAUGUACCUCAAGUUUUAAAUUACUCAUUACUGGAUAAUUAUUGUAAUAUUGGCAUAAUUGUUCAAAUUUUAAUUGCCAGAUCAGAAAAAUGUAUAAAACAUAUUAAAGCCAUUCAUUUAAAACAUGAAUCCUUAAAAUACUCAGGCCCCUUUUAUAGAUGUUUUCAUUUAUAAUCUAGUCUUUGUCUAGUCUACUUUGAACUACGGUUGGAAAUGUAGUUUUUAAGACUUUAUUUGUAUACCUAUGCAUAAUUGGGUUUUUUAAUUAUGUCAAAGCCGAUGCAUCUUAGGACAAAAACAGUGGUAGACAAAAACCCUAAUAUACAAGUACAGAGCGGACUGACUCUCCAUCAUUUUUUCCGAACGGCUUACAUCAGGAAGGCACAGCAGCACCACACACAUUGCAUAAUUUUCCAAUUAUACCGGCAUCAAAGAAAAAAUCCAAUUGAUUCCUUAGAGUAUUUAUUCCAAAUGUAAAGUGUGUUUUAUCUUUAUCAAACCCAAAUCCGGGAUUGUUCUUACAUAUGAAUUUGAAAUAAAUAUAUCCGACGCCACUAACGCAUAGACCAAUGAUGACGCUUUGCACCACUGGCAGGAAAUUUCGUAGUCAAAAUUAGACAAUUUUUUGGUCCCACUUCAUUUGCCGCUCAGUUUACAUUGGCAGUUGGUCGGCAAAAGUAAUUUUGGAAUUAAGUUUCAGAAGUCACUAUGAAGCCUGUGGGUUUUCUAACAGUUGCUCUGACGUUAUGUAACUCAAUGACAUAUUAACACGGAUUGACAUUACAGUAAACAAAAUAUUUUGUGUCGCCAACAUCUAGGAGAGCGAUUCACCUCCAGUUUAUACCCUCCAAUUAGGUUGCCGAAUUGUUACGGAUUUAUUUUAUCCUGUUAUGACUUUGCUCUCAAAAAACUGGAGCUCCCAAGACGAAAAACUACUGGAAACGCCGGUCAUGUGAAACAAGCGGAACACGCUCUAUGGCAACGCGCCUAUCAAAUAUAUCAUAAUGAGUUAGAGGCAGAUACCAUGGAGGAGAACAACGAAACCUGAAAUUGAAUAAUGGACAAUAAAUACCUAAAACAAUGCACUCUAUUCAAAUAUUUAGGAAUGAAAAUUUCGCAUUAAGGAAACCCUAGAUAGAGCAAUUGAAGAUUGGAAUAUACAGGGUAUCCCACAAGGUUUUUUCCAAUGGUGAAAUUAGAUGACAAUGGUAAAAGCGGCACAAAAAGUUACCCAGAUCCUCAAAAUUUCAAUUAUAUUGGAUGACGCGUUCUAAAGUUAUUACCUGGGAAAAACGUCGUGGGAAGCCCUGUAUAAGGACGGAAAGCAAUAUGCCUACUUAAUGGAGAACUGUGGGACCAAAAUAUCAUUAAAAUAAACAAAACUAGAAUAUAAACCUUCGUCAAAAGCAUAGUCACCUCUAGUUCAGAGCUCUAGACGCUAAAGGAAACAACCGUAUAAAUGUCGGAGGCAACAGAAAUGUACUUUUUUCCAAUGAUUGUACUUUUUUUUCUCUUCUGCUUGCUCAAGUAGUUGUCCAUAUCUCUUUUUAAAACAUUGCUAUGUAAGCCCGCGCUUUCUAAAACUGCUUUCAUAUUUAUUGUGAUAGUCGCGCAGUGUAAAAACGAGCAACUAGAGCUACAGGCCAGGAAGAGAUUAGUCUAGAGCGCAACAUAAUUGAAGCAACCCUAGCUGUUUAAAAUACCACCUGUCAGAAAACAGGCACGUUAUUAAAGAAUUUCAUGAGCCUGUGACUGCAGAGUGGAAGGCUUUAUUUGAAACAAUAACUAAAAAUCCGAAAGUGACAUUCUCGCCACCCUUGAUGUCCACCUCACCUCUAGAACAGUCCCCGGCCAGCGAUCAGAGAAAACAAAUUAUGCCAGAUGAAGCGACGCAAUGAUUACAAACUACAAAUUUCUCCAUCACACCGUCAGACUCCGAAAAGCUCAUUCAGCUGAAUAUGGAACUACCAUGAAUAAUCAAACUGUUCAGCCCAAGCAAUUGACUUUUUCUUCAGAGCAGCUUAAAAACCUACAUAGUUUGACGAUGAAAUACCUCGAUGGGUUGAAGCAAAAACCGGCAGGAUAUGAUAACACUUUUGGCGUCUACAUUGACGGGGAUGUCAGAUAUAAAAUAGGAUGCUCGCGUGCGGUUUCCACCAGGAAAAAUGGCUUUAUGAAGAGGCUCUGAAAAUAUAGAAAACUGCGAAGCUUCCGAGGAACUUUUUGAUUUGGUUUUCCUGAAAAAGCCCAAAGCACUUGCAAACGCUGACAAAAUUUCGGAGAAACCAAUCUAUCGAAAUUUUGCGCGAGUCAAAUUGUUUACACGAGAACUUUAACCCGGAGCAGCCAUUCAAACGAAACUUUAAACGAAAAUAUAAGGAAAACAUUUAGCCGCAUAUGAAUAAAGUAGCAUUUGGCAACAAUUACCAUUCGAACACUCCUAUGGAGAAAAUAUUCAAAUAUGGGAAAAAUAUCGAAUACGUUCACUGGAACAAAGCUACAGAGUUGAUGGAUAGAGUCAGGUUUCUCUGGAGUUCUAGACUAGCCGGACAUACAGGACUAGAUAAUGAAAUUCUAUGAAAGUCUAUAAUCGAGGAACUGAGAAAAGAGAAGAUUAUUUAUUGAAAAGCAGGCUAGGGUAGGUAUUAAAGGCAAUACAUCAACUAUUUUGUCCUAGUUAAGAACAACAUUUUCCACGAAGAACAACUCUACAUUCGAUAAAUUCGGCCGUCGUCGGUCGGAUAAAACAAAUAUCCAACAAAUAACUCGCAGCAACCGGGCAUAGGAUUCAAAAUCACGUUUGACGGCAAUUACGAUAUGGACGGGAAGUCUUUGAGAAAUAUAGCAGAGCCUAAAUUUAACGGCGAUGCAGUUACUAAACAGUAUUCUGACCUUUUAAAUUACAAUGUAGAAGUUCAGAUUUUCGACAUGGAAAAAUCUAUGGAGCAAACAGUUACAAAGCUGUAUGUCGACCUACUAAACUACAAUACCGAGCAGCGAGUUUAUGAAUUAGAAAAAUUAUUUGCUGAUUUGAAAAAUAAUGAAAUUAAAGUAACAUCUGAGGGAGGAGAAUACCACUUGAAUGGGAAGUAUUUAACUAAUAUUGUAGACCCGCGAAAAAGUAACGACGCCGUCAUGAAGCAGUAUGCAGAUCAAAAAUUUGUAGAGUUACAGGACCAACUAAAUUAUGCAAUCCUUAAUGAACUGGGAAAAUUACACAAAGCGUUCUAAGAAAAAGUGGACAAGGAAGUGAUGGAGCUACGACGAACCGCAUAUUCUAGAACUGUAAUUGACGAAACAAAUACGGAAUUAAGAACUCUAAUAUGACGUGAUGUUUUCGACUAGAAAUACUUACUUCGUAAAAAGUCUUUGUUCAGGUCGUUCGCUGGCGUAGUAAAGAACAAAAAAAACUGCUAAACAUUAUAAUGAUAUCUGAGGAAAAGAAAUAAAUUGUGCAUAAACUUCACAACACUGCACGGAAAAACUUUAAAACGAGACAAACAAUUAUUGAAGGUUUCCGGGACCUGUUCCAAGUGGACCUGUCCGAGAUGCAGACUUAUGCACAACAAAACAAAGAUUAUCGCUACAUUCUUGUGAUAAUUAACUGUUAUUAAAAAUAUGUUUGGGUUAGGCCACUGAAGAACAAUGGCUAUGAAAUCUGUUCUAACAGACACAGGAUAUUCACCAAGAAAUCUACAAUCUGAUCAUGGAACUGGGAUGUACAAUAGCCAUUUUAAAAAAUUGAUGAGGGAACAUGGUAUAAACCACUAUUCUACGUAGAGUACCAAGAAAGCAGCUAUCGUUGAGAGGGUAAUUAGAACUCUGGAAUCGAGGAUUUAUAAAGAGUUCUCGUUAUCGGCCAAGCAUGAGUGGGUAUCGGUAUUAGAGUGACGAAAAAUUACAACGAUACCAAGCAUAGAACAAUUGGCAUGAAACCAAGUGAAGUUACCCCACAGACAAAAUUGGCUAUUUUCGACUAACCGAAAAUUGCUCUAAAAAGUCAAAAAUAUAAAGUUGGCGACAUUCUGCGAAUAAGCAAGCAAAAAGGUGUUUUUAGUAAGGGCUAAAAUAUAAAUUGGUCCCCGGAACUAUUGGGAUUCUAUCAAAUAUCCAUUUGUUUUCAUUCAAGGAGAAUUGUAUUGUAAACCUAAGAAAAAUGACUAAUUGGUAUCUUCCAUGCAUAGCGAUGAUCAAAUUUAAACCACCGUUAGCCUAUGAAUAUUAUAGACUAUAAAAAAACAAAGAUAGUUGUUGAUAUGAUGGAUCAGACAUCUUCAAACCAUGAGGUAGGUAACUCGCAUUACAAGAAGAUGGCCUAUGAUUGUUGAAUCCCUUCUUUAUCUAGGAAUGCAAUCAAAAAGAAAAUAUAUUGUAUGUCAGGUCUAUGAUGUACCAUCGUCACCAAAAGUAGCUGAUACAGCAAUAUUUCAACAGCAAUGAGACGUAUAUAGAUAUUGAGCUAUAAUAUCGCUGUCACAGAAUAGGAAACAUCAUAGGCUCGAUUGUCUUUGGUGACUAAUAGUUACCUUCUGCAAAGUAUGACGGAAAAUGGGACUUUGAAAUUGACCACGCAAGCUCUAUCUCUUCUGUGGCAAUAUUUCAGAGUAAACAUUCAUGAUGUUUUCAUCAACUAUGUCGAUAUGGGUAUUAUAACUUUCUCUGGUUGAUUGAGUUUUCUGUAGAAUUUCUCCACAGUUGUCUUCUGUUAAACUUCCAUCUGGGUCCCUAAAAUUAAUUUUUAUGGAUACAUAAUUUGCUUUACUCCAGACACUGAUGUUUGUCGACAAUAUAUUCAGUUGCGUUCACAGAGAAUUGUGGCAUUAUCAUCAACAAGUGACAAUGAUGAUAGAUCUAGAUUCGCCGUCUGACUGUUCCGGUAAGAACAGGACUCUCUAGACUCCUUGGAAAAUAUAUCCUAAACGAUUUCAGCUAUGCUGCUUCUGACUCCUUUCCACUCAGAACGACAUGAAGUAAUUCCAGAAACACUGCAUCCGAGGUGCUUAACGAUGCUAGUGUAUUGUGGGUAAGAGCAGUAACGUUUAUCCAAUGGAAGGGUUUCGCGAUUAAAUUCCUCACACAUCUGCUAAUAUUUUAGAGCGGUUUAAUUUUUCUUCUUCAAACCUUCGAAAAUUAGAUACCUACUUUUCGGACGCUUCUUCUCCAAGAUUUCCGUUUCGCCCUAGCACAGAAGUGAAAAAACUAGACAAAAAUACUUCGACAAAGGUCAAAUAAUCAAAUAUGGUAUGCAUGGUAUGGCAAUCAAAAUACAAAUAGGGGCAUUGUGCCGUAAAAAUUCUUGGACAGCAAAAUUUAAUAUAAUCUGCCGGACUAUUAGCUUAUUUUGGGGUUAUCAUUAUCAAAGUUUAGUCAUUAUGGUUCCUUUUCAUGUAUUCUAUAAGUUUGUAUUUCUUUCCAUAGGUAGUCUAGGAGCUACUCUACAAGAAGAAUUUUAUUAUCCCAGUUUUUUUUUGGCAGUAUGGUACAUCUAUUAUUUAUUUAUUUAUUUCAUAAGGGUUGUUUAAAAAAUAGGGUGCGCCUAAAAAGUGUUUUUCCGAACUCCCAGAACUCCUCGACUCGGCUACGCCUCGCCCUGUAUCUUUACGUGCAAAAAGGUCAUUCAGAUCCACUUAAAUUUACUUAACAUAUGGAAAAUUAUAAUUAACAUUAAGGUCCUUUUUUUGCAUACUAACUCUUAUUGAUUUUUGUCCAAGGAUGCAGCAGCUUUGACAUAAUAUAUUGUCGUCAGGUCUAAGAAAUUGCAUUCCCAAAUUGAAAUUUUUGUGUUAUCCACUGCCGUGAAAUCCAAUUAGUCAUUUAUUUUCAGAUAGACCUACCUGAUUGGUGGCCUACCAAUUUUUUAGAUAAACCUUGUUCCUAGCAACAAAAUUCCAGAUCCAUCUUUCUGGUUUGGCUUAUUAUUGACUUAUUAGAAAAAUGUGUAGCGUAGUUUAUAGUUAGUUGUAACUUUUAAAUGUUUAACAUCGAAUUCGAAUCCUUUCCAAUAUAUUUCAUAUUUUUUUACAACAGUAUGAAUGUAUCAUUAAACAAUAGCCAUAUUUUUUUAAUAUAAAUAUACAAAAACUAGUUUGGUUGUGGAGAACAAAUAUGUAACAGCAAUACCUCAUGCAAGCAUGAUGUUAAACAUUUAUAUAAUACCUUAAUUAUUUUUUAAUAUUGAUUAUUAUAUACCUACAUGAAAUUAUAUAAAUAUUAGUGUGUAAGUAUAAUUUUUAUAUACAGUAAUAUGCGUUCUGGGACAAACUUUUUUAUGUUAUUCAACACAGAAAAAAGUUCAAUUUUCUGUACACAAUGGUGCCUUUGAUAUUUUGGUUUUUGAUUAAAUAUGGUGAACAUACAUUCAAAUAGAAAAAAAUCUAAUGAAUUUAAAAAUGAAAUUAAUUUCCCUAUCUUGGAUAUUGAUUAAAUUAAUUUCAGCAUUGGUUCAGCCAAGUUUCACACGUUUAAUAAUUAUGAUAUUUGUAUCCUAUUUUUUCUCAAUACUUUUAUUUGCUUUUUUUAAAUUUUAUUAUAACGACUAUGUUUUUGAAUUUUUAAUACAAAAAUUAAGAUUUUUGUUAUUUGAAUGGAAAAAACAGAAUGUAUAGGUAUUUCACCAUUCUAGCAAUACAACAAUGUCCCAAAGCAAAGCACAAUUCCUUCCACGAAUAAAAUAUAUAAUUAACAUAAUAAAAAACUGUAAUGUUUUGCUACAAUAUUAUUGUAAAUAAUACAUUAAUUACUAAUAAUCUAAAGAUAAAUGUUCCUACUAUGUGUGAAUAGUUUUUAAGAAUAUAAAUAUUUUUUAUGUGAAAUGAAUGUAAAUAAAGAAGAACAAAGUCAGAUGGGAAGAUAUUUAAAAUGAUUUCGAAACUUGAACCCCUAUACCAACUAGAAGCAACAUUUUUCAUUAUUGGGACAUUUUUAUGGAGCUGCCUUUUUUUACUAAAAUUCAAUGAAAAUUGCAUAAAUGUUUUGUCUAAUUUUGUCUUCUCAUCAAACUUUAAAGAUGACUCAGAUGCAAAGAAUUGUAAGAAAAAAAUCUAUUAAAGGAGGGGCAUAGACUUUACUUCGUAUUUAAUCGUAAAUUUGAUGUUGUUUCUCGGUGUCUAAAAUUAUUAUAAAAAUUUGAAUAAAAAAUCAAGAAAUUAGAUGAGAAUCUGGAAUAUUUUGGAUUGUGGAUACAAUAGCAACAAUUUACUUUAUGAAUGAUAUACAAAAAAACAAUUUCGAGAGACAUGAAACAACAAUAAACUUGGUAAUUUGUUAUAUAAGUAAUGUGUAUCUAUAUGUAUCCACACUCUUGGGUUAAAUAAUUGUCUUUCUUUUUCAAUUUGUGUGUACAGAUUGUAAAAAUGUUAAAAUUGAACAAAUUAUUGCGUUUUUUCACAUAAAUUUGAGAGUAUGUAUUUAUCUAAAAACUGCGCUUGUUUGUAAUAAUAAUAAUUAAUUGUUGGCCUUUUUUUUUUAAUGCAUGAACUUUUUUACUUGCAAAAUAAAGAUGGGAUUUUGAGGAAUAGCGAUUUUUUUGCCAAAAUACUGAAUAUUCAGGUGGCGCAAUCGCAAUCAAUGAUAUAUUAUCACAAAUAGACGAUCAGACAAAAACGUGAGUGCUGCUAAGAUUUCAAUACGCCAACAAAUACCCCCUCUACAUCGUUAAAGUUUGAGAAACCAUGAUUCAAAUUAAGAGGAAAAUACGAAAUAUAUUUGACACACUCAUACAAAAGUGAUUAAUUAAUUGACACUCUGUUAUAUACCUUUUUAAAAUACAUAUAAAAAUAAACGACUGGCUUGAGACUUCCAUAAAGAUGUAGAAUGUUCUUCAACACCUUUCCUCAUUAGAAAUCUUGGUUAGGCCCAUAUUGUCACAUAAAAUGUCAUGUCUUGGUUUGAACAAGGCUUUUGUCAUUAUAUCAGCAACUUGAGUUUCUCUAGACGUUUUGUAUACACUCAAACUUUCUUCUAAGACAAGCUCUCUCACAUAGAAAUGUCGAAUCUGAAUGUGCUUGGUUCUUUUGUGGUUCUCAGGAUUUUGUGCCAAACGAAUAGCUGCUUCGUUGUCAACUAAUAACUCUGGAAUUUCUUUCAGUGGUAUUAUUUCUUCAAAUAAUCUUUUUAACCAUACAAUUUUUUUUGAAGCUUCGCUGCAACGGCCUCCGCUUCGGUUGUAGGAAUGGCAACCGUAGGUUGUCUCUAACUCAUCCAGGAUAUAGCACCUCCAGCAUAAACUCAUACCACUCCUGUUGUGGAGCGUCCUGUUUUUAUAUCCCCUCCAUGAUCAGCAUCACUAAAACCUUGUAAGGAACCUCUUCUGGUUCUUGGCCUGUGAGUGAUAGGUGCCAUAAUUGAGCCUUCCUUAAAUGUAACGGAAAAUUCUCUUUACUUGAACAAAGACUUUGUGAGUUGAAUUUUCCAAUCUUCUUGACACCACACUGAAUGCGUAUGAAAUGUCUGGUAUUGAUCCUGACAUCAGGUAAAGUAAUUUUCCAACAGCCUCUCAAUAUAAAAAAAAUUGAUAUUUCGACUUCUGAAGGAUAAUUAUCCUUAACAAUUGGAGUUUUGACGGGUCUGCAAUUGUUAUACCAAAUUUUUCCAAUCAUUUCUGGGCAUAUGCAUUUUGAUUUAUGAAUUUCCAUACCCAACAAAUAUGAUGCAGGCUUUAUCGUGACUUUGAACUCUAUCUGUAGUUGUCGUAGAGAAUAUUUUUUCAUGUCCUCAUUGCUUGAGACUAGUAGACCAUCGUCGACAUAUAAAACUAAAAUAAGAAUUUCUGUUCCUUUUCUCAUGAUGAAUAAACAUGGAUCGGAAUUGCCCUGUUUGAAACCAAAGGAUAGAAUGAAAUCCGUUAUUCUUCUGUUCCAAAAAACCUAGUCCAUAUAGGCUCUUCCUUAGAUGACAAACCAUAUCUGUACCAUCAUUGGAACCCUCUGGCUGUUUCAUGUAUACUUCUUCUUGAAGCUCACCAUAUAGUAAUGCUGUACAUGCAUCAAACUGGCUUAGACUUAAAUUUUCACUGGAAGGUAGACUCAAAACAGAUCGUAUUGUAGCAAAUCUAGCAACUGGGCUAAAUGUCUCAUCAUAUUCUUGAUAUUUCUUUCGUGAAUAACAUUUUGCGACUAGUCUUACUUUGAGCUUAUCUAUAGAGCCAUCUGGAUUGCAUUUUAACUUGUACACCUCAUUUUUUUCCAUAAUGUCUGCAGCAACCAUCAUAGCGAAAUCUUCAAACCUGGCAGGCUUUUGUAUCUAAUUUCUAUCUCUCAGUUGCCUCCUCGGUACAUUUAAGACUUCUUCUGGAAUGUCAUUAUCUGGUGAUUCUAUGAAGAUGUCAAAACGAGUGUCAAAAAAAUUGUGAUUUCCCAAACUAUCAUCUUCUUCGCCGUUUUGUUCAUUGUUUUCUUUAGUUUCUUGUUCCUUUCCUGUUUCUGAAAAUCUUACAAUUGUUUGUUUUUCUGAGAAGUUCUAACAGGGUCUUCCAACAAUGGUAACGUUGAAGUUAUGAGUUUUUCGUCGAAUAUCACAUCUCUCGAUCUGACUAGUUUCCCAGAUUCCUCACACCAAAUCCGAUUUCCAUCAUAUUGGUCAUAUCCUAUAAGUAUGCCUUUCACUGCCUUCUUAUCCAUCUUCUUUCUUCCUGACUUUGGUACAUGGGCAUAACAGGAUGUUCCAAUAGUUUUCAUAUGCUUUAAAGAAGGCUUUUUCUCAUACCACAGUUCAAAUGGAGAUUUUCCCUCGAUACUCGAAUCACUAGUCCUAUGCAAAAUAUAUGCCAACGAAUUUAUUAUUUCAGUCCAAAAAAGUUGUGGAAGAUCUUCAUUAGUAUGCAUGAUUAAUCUAGCAGCUACUUGACCAUUGUCAAAUUCUCCACCAUUACUGUAUGUCUUACUGUUUUUACUUCAGUUAACAUAAUUGUCAGUUUCUCCGUAACUUCAGAUUUUUCUUUCAGAAAGUAAACAUAAGGAUAAUGACUGAAAUCAUCCUUGAAGAUCACGAAGUAUCUAUAGCCACUUUUUCAAAAGGCCCACAAACAUCUGUGUGUGAGAGUUCUCCUGGUACCUUUGAUCUUGCUCUCGUUCCAAACUUUUUCGUUGCAUUUUACCAUAAAUACAACCCUCACACAUUUCGUUGUCUAAGGUCACUUUGAGGUCAAACUCGCGACUCAAAAUAUCUCUGAUGUCGUUUAUUUUGAUUACCAAAGCGAUCAUGGUAUAGUUGCAAUAAGUUAUCAUUUGAAACUAUAUUGAUUUGAGCUGUUUCCUUUGGAUAUAUGAUCUGCAAUGCUAGUUUGUACAGUCCUCCAAAUCUACUUCUCCUACCUGUCAGUAUGGUUUUACUACCAACUAUAAAACUGCAUUUUUUAGUGCUUGAAGUAAACUUUGAUGUAGGCUGUAAAUCUUGUGCAUCUAAAACCGGAAAUAAAUUAUUUUCAAUCAGAGGAAAAUACCAUACGUCUGAUAGCGUCAAAACAUCUUCUCUGUCUUGAACUUCUGAUUGUAGCAGAAUCUUUCCUUUUCCAACUGCUCUAACCGUUUCUCCAUUCGUUGUCGUUAUGGUGUGUGUAUCCUGAAAAUAUUCAUGUGUUUCAAAGAUAUCACCUCGAUUUGUAAUAUGACUUGUAGCCCCAUUAUCCACAAACUAGCUAUUCUCAUCACAUUCGCUUAAUAAGACACUACUUGUUCAGGACACUAACAUCAUAUUUGUAGCCUUAUUUUUCUUUGUUCCGUUAUUUCUUGAAUUUGAGCUGUCUGGUUUUGGAGGUCUUCUUUCCAUUUAAUACAAUGUUUGACAUUAUCACCUUCUCUUUUGCAAUAAUUGCAAACUAGUAUUCUCUUAUUGGUCGAGCUGCUUCUCUGCGAGUAACGCCUCCUGAUGACUUUCAUUAUUCUUGUCUGAUAAUGCCUUCUCACGAGAACAAAGCCAAUUUCUUAAAUUAUCUAUAGUCCUGUCAGAUUUCGACAUCAACAUCCAGCUUGACUUGUAGGAGAAGUAGUCUUGGGGUAGAGUUUCUAAAAUCUUACAGACUAACAGCAACAAACAGAUAACUCACAAUUACAUGUUUUACUUGUAAUGAUUUGUCUUCUGAUAAUCCCUGUUGCAGCUCAUUCCACAGGUUCUUGAGCUUAGACGUGUGCGUUGCCACAUCAUCUUCAACUUUCUUAUAGUUAAAGAGUUUUAAGCAAACAUCAUAGGUUUUGUCCUCGACAUUGGCAUCAAAGAGCCUAUUCAAUUCAAACCACACUUCUCUUGCUAUAGAAAACAUCAUAGGUUUUUGUAAGGUAUCUUGUGUCAUAUUUAUCGUAAGAGCAAGAAGUGCAUUACAAUCUGUAGUAUUAAAACUCCUCUGGCUUGCCUCAUGCGCAGCAAUUUCAGCGCCUAACGCAUUUUCUUUCAAAACUGGAAGCACCAACUUUCCUUCCAAAAUGUCAACUGUAUUUGGAAUACCUCUUAAGGCGCGUACAGAUACAGCGAACGAAGGCGAAAGAACAUUAACAAACGAAUUCGUUCGGUUAGUGUGUACGUACUAACGAACACUAUCGAAUGCAUUCGUUCGCCUUCGCAAGGGUUCGCUUACAGGGCGGUGAAAUUCGGCCGAAUUCAUUCGGUCUACUUAUAGUGUGUACGUAUUUAUGGUUGUACGGAAAAUUAUUUGUUGAAUUUUGACGGCUGGCGAAAAUAAAGGAACAACAAUGAAAAAAUUUGUUCGCGUUCGUUUGUUCAAUGCGGACAAGAAAGCGAAUAUUUUAUCGUACAAAUUCUUAUGAAUCUAUUCGAACGAAUUCGUUUGCCUUCGUUUGCUGUAUCUGUACGCGCCUUUAGAAGAAUGUUCAUUUUGUACUUCCAUGUGGUCCAAUUAGCUUUACCUACCCUUACCUACUAAUUCAGUAAUCAUACAAAAGUGAUUAAUUAAUUGACACUCUCUCAUACACCUUAUUAAAAUAUAGAAAGAAAUGACUGGUCUUAAGACUUCCAUAAAGAUGUAGAAUGUUCUUCAACAUACAUAAGUUACCAAAUUGCAAUGUUACAAUGUAACAUUCUGUAGGUACCUAAUUCUCCGUUUAUGCGAAAGUGCUAUGUAACGUGGCAUUGAAAAGACCAAUUUUGUUAUUUUUCGGUCAGCUACAAGUAAAUUUUUUGUUCCAUGCAAUGUAAUCCGCUUCCUUACGUUUGAACCCCGAAUUAUUCUGCAGAAAUUAAAGGCUUGCAGUUUUUGCCCGAAGAAUAUAGAGCUCUUAGAACUCUAGUAUCUGUAUUUCCAGGGCUAGCAGACAUUAUCGCUAGUUACUUUGUUCAUAUUCACAUUACGAGAACCGACAAGUUAUCCGAAUAGUACCUAGUCUCUAGGUACCUACUUAUUGGGGGCCAAAAAUGGGUAAGCUUGACACAAUGUAAAUUAGAAGCAGAUACGAGCUGUAAUGCUAAUGUUUUGCUGGAUCUCUUAAUUCCACCUUUUGUUUUUGUCCUUUUUUCCGGUACUCGUUCCACCCUCUGCAAUAUCGACUCGACGAGGUCUUCUUUGACAAUUUGGCUAUUUUGGAAUAAAAUUCAGAUAUUAUUCCAUGAAGACAUCUCAAUAUUUCUGUCGCUUCCAGUUCAUCUUAAAAUUUUGAAAUGUCUCUUGUUUCCUCCUCUAUGAAUGUUAGAUCUCAUCGCAUUAAUGUCAUUGAGAUGGAUCUCCUCCAAUAUUUCAUAUUAUGAUGAAAGAAUCGUCCACGCUUCCAUAAUUUAAGCAAUGUUCAUCCGGCCGCAAUCUCAGUCAUUGUUACAUUUAAAUCGCCAUAAUAAAUUCUAUCCUGGUCAUUUCUGUAACCAUCUUGAUCAAGGUCGUUUUUUUUUUUAUAUUGCUACAAAAUGAUCGGAGUUUUCAACAAUGGUGGUCAUGCAAGAGUUCAAUAACUGUGUCAAUGGUGACAAGUGUUAAAUAACCUUUUGAUUUUUGAUAGUCCAGGGAUAUCUGAUAUGGUUGGGUCUAGCCUUGGUUUGUUGUGUCAUCUAUGUACCUACCUGAUUCUUGUAUUUUCGCCCGGUAAUGUAAAUAUUCUCGGUACUUAAUAAAUUCGACACGAAUAGCAAUCACCGACUAGUUAGGGCAACAGUCAAAUUAAAUUUUGCCGAAAGAAGUGAACUCAUAAAGCAUGAAGAUCCUUAGGCAGUCACAAUGAAAAGACAAAAUAAGAAUCUACCAAAUGAAGGAUAAGGAUGGAAACAUACAACGAAAGAACAAGGAUCAUAACAAUAAUCCAAGAGUACUAUAAGGAACUCAACUCAGCACCACACUACAAUAAAGAUGUCGAAAAAAACACGAACAUAAAGAAGGCAGGUUCUGAAGACAUACCACUAUCUCGGAGAUAACACUUGCACUCUCAGAGCUUAAAUCUGGAAGAGCACCAAGGAAGGACGGAAUCCCAACAAAAAUGUUAAGACUAGGAGGAGAAAAUGCGCUAAAAGCAGUACAGUCUCUCUUAAACAGAUGCGUUGAGAUAAGUCAAAUUCCUUAAUCGUGGAACAACGCACUGGUCGUCAUUCUCCACAAAAAAGGUGAUAAAAUUUCAAUAGAAAACUAUAGACCCUUCAGCUUGCUUCCACAUCCGUAUAAACUUCUUACAAAAAUCAUAACAGGCUCACAUCAAAAAUGAACUCAUCAGCCAGAGGAAAGUCAGGUUUCCGGAAGGGAUAUAGCACCACAGAUCAACUUCAAAAAAUUCACACACUUAUAGAAAAAUGCACUGAAUACAUCGUCGGACUACAUAUGGCUUUUGUAGACUACAGCAAGGCCUUUGAUUCCAUAUACCUAAGCGCAAUAUUUGAAGCAAUGGAAAACGCACGGAUUGACUCAAGAUACAUAAACCUGUUGGAACACAUCUACGAGAACGCCAUAUUCCAAGUGAAGAUCGAAAGCGAAAUGAUCACGCACAAAAUACGCAUAAGAGGAGGCGUAAGUUAGGGCGACACCAUUUCUGCCAAGCCUUUCACCCUAGCCAUAGAAGAUAUAUUCAAAACUCUAUCAUGGGAAAACAAAGGCGUGAAUGUGGAUGGCAAAUAUCUUAACCAUCUAAGGUUCGCCGAUGACAGCGUCCUAAACAAAAAAACACUCGAUGAACUAAAAGAAAUGAAAUGAUACAGCAACUGAAGCGAGCAUCGCAGGAGGUGGGACUAGAGAUGAACAUUGCAAAAACCAUAUUAAUGAGUUCAAGUGAGGCAAACCUACUUACCAUCGAAGGCCAAGAAAUAGAAAGAGUGGACGAAUACGUCUCUCUGGGGCACCAGAUCAAGCUUGGGAAAGAGAACCAAAAGGCUGAAAUUACCAGAAAAGUAAGCAUGACCGGGGCAGCAUUUGGAAGGUUGCGCUUUAUUCUGAAAAUUCAGAUAUUCCUUUAAACAUAAAAAGAAAAGUACAUGACAUGUGCAUACUCCCUCUAAAGUGCAAACAAACUGGGAGUCACUCAGAGGAGCAUAGAACGCGCAAUGCUAGGCGUUAGUCUGAGAGACAAGAUAAACAACUAGGACAUGCGUCGACGCACGGGUUUGAACGAUGUGAUCCAGUGUAUAGCAGAAGCAAAGUUGAGAUGGGCAGGCCACCGAACAACAGAUGGACAAAAAUUGUUGUUAUGCAGUGGAGACCAAUAACAAACAAACGCGGCAAAGGGAGACCCCAAAACAGGUGAAUGGAUGAUAUUUACCGGAGAGCAGGGAGAGGAUGGCAACACACUGCACAAGACCGUCAGAGAUGGAAAUUGGAAGGGGAGGCCUAUGUUCAGGAGUGGACCCGACUGGGUUGCUUAUGAUGAUGAUGAUGAUGAUGAUGAAUGUAAAUAUUUAUUUUGUUUGUACCUUUUUGGGUCUUAGAAAAUGGGCAGUACCGCAGCUGCCCUUCCUUGAUUUUUAUUCCAAUUUCCUGUUGAAAGGCUGAACACCAAGUUCAGAAUUAAGGUGGCAACAGCACCCUCAAAUCUGAUUUUAUGUUAAUAGAUGACGCUAAGAUGCAGUAUUUGAAAUAUUAUUGUUUUGCAUCCUGGCCUAACCAUAAUGCUCUCCACCCGUCUUGUGCCUUUUCGGAUCAGGAUAGUGGCAGACUUGACCUUGGAUAUACUUAUUUUUCCUAUUUUAUUAUAUUAGGAAAGGAUUUUAACUUCCAAAAUCACUUUGAAGGUGUAAAAAAAAUGGCACAUCAGAAUUGGCCCAAAGUUGGCAUAUACAUUCUUUGAUCGAUUAUCUAUAGAUUUAUGGAGUCAUUUUUUUUUCAGCGUGGUUACUUUUUUUCCUAAGUGGAAGGAGUAGAAACAUUUAGUUGGAAAAUGAAGCCGUUUUUUUUUCCAGAUGGCUUUACUCUAAUUUCAUAGCAGAAUGGCGCGUUCCUACUCCCUAUGUCGGUUGGACAGCGCUUAACCUACUCUAAGGGAAAAACUCACUUCACAAAUCUUUAGACGAUCAAAGGAUGUUCAUGCUAAAUUUGAGCCAAUUUUGAUGUGUCGUUAUUGCACCUUCAAAGCAAUUUCACGAAAAUAGGCCCAUGUGCAUGGGUUGCUACUGCCACCCUAAUGUAGGUAUUCUGCAUUUCCCUUUAUCAGUUGGUAGUGUUUCUACAUCCUUUUGUUAGCUACAGAUCCUUUUGAGAGCUUAACUGUUCAUUAUAUUUUUAUCUUUCUAGUUUGAUCGUAGCUUGUCAUUUGAAUUCAUCCGACGCUUUUUGGUUUAAUUUUUAUUGAUUAUACUUUCUAUUCUAGCAGAAAUUGCGUUGAAAUUUCUCAUGGUAAAAUCUAAGAUGUAGUCUUCUGGCUGAUACAUUAAUGAAAUUCACCUUUUUUCAAUGUUCUGGAUGAGAUUUUUUUUUGGUUUUGUUCAAUUUCUUGGAUCCAAGUUUUUGUUGUGUUUCGCUCGUACUCGUCAAUAUAUUAUUCCCCAAUUGCCUAGAGCUCUUACCCAGGGUAUUUAUCAAUCUGGUUUUGUUCCACCUAAGGUCAUUAAUCCGAGUUAUAUUGAGUGUUUUUUUUCUAGCUUCUAGUGAUUCCAAUGCCAUAUAUUGUGGUGAUCUAUACGGUAGGACCUAGCUUAUUCAAUAGAAAGCCACUCUUUAUGACACCAAGCUUCUUGGGGUUUCACAGAAAAGUUAGCUGUGAGCAUUGAUUGAUAUCUUUUUUGAAAAGCUCAAACUGUGGAAUAAUCACGCAUUCUCACUCUGACCGACCGUUGGAACUUACAGCAUUUGCCUAUCGCAUCACCACAUCAUUCUAUAAAAAUGAUGUGUUUCGUCUAUCUGUGUUAAUAUGGUAGAUGAUCGAUAAAUGCAGGGUGUUAGACAUUCGGCUAGUAAGUAUGGGGAUCUCGGUAACUAAAUAUAAGAGAUGCCGGGUCAGAUAAAUUGGGGCAAUGUUAUUCAAUUUCUUGCUCACCAAAAUGUCGCUUCAAAAACUAAUGCCAUAUUGUAGAGGAGAGAAACUGGCAAUUAUGAAGUGUCAUUUAUUUUUAUUUAGAAGUAUCUCUAAAUAUAUCUCUAAAUAAGCGCAGGAAAAAAUAUCUCCAGAAGUAUUUGGAAUUUUCCAAAUUUCGAGACGGCAUUUUGGUGAAGAAGAAGUUGCGCAACUUUACCCCAGUUUAACCGAUCCUGUAUCUUGUAUGAUUACCCAGAUCCCCAUGCUUACUCGCGAAUUUGUAACACCUUGUAUAUAAUAAAUCUAAAUAAUUCUCCUUUCAAAGCAGGAUUAAUGACUUUCACAUAAAACAUUUAGAUUAAAAAAAAAAACCUAAAUCACUUUUCCACAUAAUUCCACCAAAAUUGCCAUUUUCAAACAUAAAAUACCUAUGCAAAAGAAUACAGAAUCGAAGGCGAGUUUGCUCAUAAAUAAAUUUAAAAAAAUAUUGAAGAAAUAAAAAAUGGUGCUGAACUAAUUGUGAAUGAAUAAUGUGAUAUAGAAAUGUUGAUUUGUAGGACCUUAUUAAAAAAAAUAUUCGAACGAUUUUUAAGAUGAAUAUUUUAACUGCAGAUAUUUUUUAAAAAAAGUCUCAGUGUCGCGUGUUCUUACUAUUUUAAACAAUUAUUAGUAAGUUUAUAUAAAUGUAUUUUGAUGUUAUUAAACAAACCGUAUGAUAUUCCAAAAAAAAACACUGUUUGUGUGUACAAAUACAUCGAAUUCUUA